AGUGGCUGUGAGGCCCGGCCCGUUGCACAGGUCUCCGUUCCCCUCUGGAGCAGCAUGGCUUCCUCGCGGGCCCCCGCGAUGCGUGUCGCCCCGGGGCGGGCACCGCUUCCUCAGCCGGGCCCGGCUCCAUCCCCGCGGGCAACAAAAAACAAGCUCUCAGAGGACAGUGAUGCUCCCGCACCCAAGAGAUCCCAUAUCUUCUACGGCAGCUUGGAGGAGAAGGAAAGGGAACGUCUUGCCAAAGGAGAAUCAGGGCUGCUGGGAAGAGAUAGAGUGAAAGCUGCGAUUGAGGCAGGCAAUAUUAACAUAACCAGUGGUGAGGUCUUUGAUCUUGAAGACCACAUAAGUGAGCGUCAGGCAGAAGUGUUGGCUGAGUUUGAGCGCAGGAAGCGUGCCAGGCAGAUCAACGUUUCCACAGAUGACUCUGAAGUCAAGGCGUGCCUACGAGCACUUGGGGAGCCCAUCACGCUCUUUGGAGAGGGGCCUGCAGAACGGAGAGAGAGAUUGAGAAAUAUCCUCUCGGUGGUUGGCACAGACGCCUUAAAAAAGACCAAGAAAGAUGAUGAAAAAUCUAAGAAAUCCAAAGAAGAGUAUCAGCAAACUUGGUACCAUGAAGGGCCAAACAGCCUGAAAACAGCUAGGCUGUGGAUCGCCAACUACUCGCUCCCCAGGGCAACAAAGCGGCUGGAAGAAGCCCGUCUGUACAAAGAGAUUCCAGAGGCGACCAGGACAUCCCAGAAGCAAGAACUGCACAAAUCCCUGAGGUCCUUGAAUAAUUUCUGCAGUCAGAUUGGGGAUGACCGCCCAAUAUCUUACUGCCAUUUCAGUCCCAAUUCCAGACUCCUCGCCACAGCCUGCUGGAGUGGCCUGUGCAAGCUCUGGUCUGUGCCUGACUGCAAUCUUGUUCAUACUUUACGAGGGCACAACACCAACGUAGGAGCAAUAGUGUUCCAUCCCCAGGCUACUGUCUCCCUGGACAAGAAGGACAUCAACCUGGCCUCUUGUGCAGCUGAUGGCUCAGUCAAACUCUGGAACCUUGAAAGUGAUGAACCGAUGGCAGAUAUCGAGGGCCAUACAAUGAGAGUGGCACGAGUGAUGUGGCAUCCCUCUGGGAGGUUCCUGGGCACCACUUGCUAUGAUCACUCCUGGCGCCUCUGGGACCUGCAAGCUCAAGAGGAGAUUCUCCAUCAGGAGGGGCACAGCAAGGGGGUCUAUGACAUCGCCUUCCACAUUGAUGGCUCUCUUGCUGGGACUGGUGGCAUGGAUGCCUUUGGUCGGGUAUGGGAUCUGCGUACUGGGCGCUGUAUCAUGUUCCUGGAGGGCCACCUGAAGGAAAUCUAUGGGAUUAACUUCUCCCCAAAUGGAUAUCACAUAGCAACUGGCAGCGGGGACAACACAUGCAAAGUGUGGGACCUCCGCCAGAGGAAGUGUGUCUACACCAUACCUGCCCACCAGAACCUGGUGACCGGAGUGAAGUUUGAACCUACGCAUGGUAACUUCCUGCUCACCGGUGCUUAUGAUAACACAGCCAAGAUCUGGACUCACCCAGGCUGGUCCCCUCUGAAAACGCUGGCUGGCCACGAGGGAAAAGUAAUGGGACUGGAUAUCUCCUCAGAUGGGCAGCUAAUAGCAACAUGCUCAUAUGACAGGACCUUCAAGUUGUGGAUGGCAGAGUAGCUCUGAGCUGCCAGUGACCCAGGACAGGGAAUAUCACAGACUGGGCUGUCCCUGCAUUUUUAUAUUAAAAAAAAAAAAAACUGUUGCAUCAACUACAAUGGUGGCUGGAGUUGCUGGCUGAUGUCGGCUUCCCCAUGGUGCUGGUGCAUCCCCUGUGCUGGGAGUUGGCUAAAGUCAGAGUUGAUCUGAACUCCUGGAGUGAUUCUGUAACCUCACCUUGUAUGAUUUGUAUAAUCUCUACCCCCUGGCUCUGGGAAGAAAUUCUGGUGUGAGCCAUCUACUCUACCACCCCUUCAUCGUGGGCUUUACUCUGUUAUACAUGUUUGUAAAUACCCACACACCCCUUCAGCUGUACUGUACCAUAAAAUCCAUCGGUUGGCAUCACCCUCAAGAUCAGUUUUGUAGGAGACUUUCCCCAGCUGUGGAGCCUGAAUGAUCUUGCUUUUGGCAAAGAGCCAACUGCUUCAGUCGUUUAAAUAUGGCACAUUAGUUCUCCCAGCACAGAGAUUGGAUCUCUGCAGAACGUGGAAGCCCAGGCCCCCUUAAGCAUCUGCUCUGGGUGAAUUUUAAGCAGUGGGGCAGGAGGGAGUUUCUCUUCAUGCAAAAUCAGGCUUGAACUGCCCACUGCCCUAGAUCCCCUUCUGCCUCUCUGAUACUUCAGAGUAUUAAAACACAACCUUUCAAAUGACAUGGACUUCUCCAGCUUAAGGUGCCUCCAAGUCUGCUGGGACCUGCAUACAGAGGUGUCAGUUACAGUUUUGUUGCUAGUUUGUUUCACUUUAAGGUUCUUGCUCUAGCCACCCACUGUAGAGAACACUCAUUUUCUCAACUCUUCCCAGUGAAGUUUUGCAGGUGCCGGUUUCUAAGAAACCUGUUGUGACCUCAGUAUCUGCUCAUUUUGGUUGUGCUGGAGCUGUGUGGGGGAGGGGCCUGCAGCAUCUGUUACCAGCCACAGCUGUGCACCCAGGAAGCAGUCCCAUUACAGAGGGAGGCAUUAGGCCAGCUGUUGUCCCUCUUCUCUCCCUACACUUAGAUCAGCAAUAUAAGACCCUGGCAUGUAGCAGUGUAUGUACUUGUGAGAGUGGAUGGGUGAUACAGGGUUGAUCAUUCUCAGUUGCACCCUUCCCUGUGUUUUGUAUGUAUGCACUAACCUGUGCAUUAAACAGGGUGAGGGAGAUAGCCAUGCAGUGUGGAAAAGCUGAUCUCUUUGUGGGGCUGUCUCUGAAAAGUGCCCCCAGCAAGGGAGAAGCAGCUUCAUCUUCUCCCAUUCCUCUCAAGAGUAGCAGUACAUGUCUGCAGCAGCGUAGUUCUUCACCACCACCCAUUCCCUAAGUACUAUGGGGGAUCAUGGUUAGUGAAAAGGAAUGAAAUGGGCCCCUUUUGGCUGAGGAAGUGGGGUUACUCCUUGCCUCUCUAGCUGACUACAUGAAGUAUCUGGUCUCACCUGCUCUUUGCCCCAUCACCUCUAAUUCAUUAUUGAGAGGGUUACCCCUGAGGAAACAAUGGCAGCUGACCAACGCCCAGUGCGUAGUCUGCUAGGAGUAGCCAUCUUUCCAGCCCAGGGGUUGCAGUGGCAACAUACUGCCAAAGUGCAGCACAGACUUUGCAUAUAAACCUAAAACAAGUCCUACCAUAAUCCCAACCUGUACAGUGAGACCUGCACUAGGGACCCCACUUUCAGUCAGCCCUGACUGGGAGACACCACCAGUCCAAUUUAUUUGCUCUUUUAAGAUCCAUCUCUACUAAGCAACUGAUGUUUGGUCUUCUGGACAGUACCUUAAACCAGGUUACACUGUAGUUUACAGGCAAAUAGAAAUCACGUGAUUGAGCAGCAAUACAUCAUUUGAUUGAGUUCCCUACAGCUACCCAGCCCUGUCCCUCUGGGUUGUAUCAGCUACAGUGACCUUAGAUAGAGGUGCCAGCAGAAGGAGCUGCUGCUGGAACAGGCUGAGGUCUAGCUGGACUCUGACCUAGCAGGACUUGCUUUAUUAAAUAAAUGUAGCCACCUGCCUGCUGAGCAUGGAAUUCAUUGUAGAGUGGCCCAUGCCAGCUCUCAGAUGGUAACAACUGGAUCCAAAGCAGCAGCCUCCACUCCUGAAGCCAUCCAGUCCCUUAUAGUUUCCUUAGUGACUCCAGCUUCUAUUUUCUCUCCUCCUGGCCUCACCCCAUCCCUCAGGCUAUCAUUCCCCACAAAGGAGUCCAGACUUGUCAGUCUCUGCAGCAGAAGGGAUGGGUUAAUGUGCUAAGAGGAGCGAUGGGUCCCAUCAUUACAUUACCUGACCCCUUUCACACACACCAACAGGAAUUGCCUGCUAGGAUGGAGACUUGAGCCACCAAUGGGGUGGGGGGUACAGCCUGCAGCAAGAAGGAAGCUCUACCCUCUUCCCCAUGACACUGUCUGCAGGCCAAGGCCUUUUCUGAUGGCCAAACAAACUGUUAAAAGUGGGGCUGUUCCUUCCCCAGUUGUGGCAGUUGAAUUCCAGCAUUGCUGCAAGUAUGUUCCUACCUCUCGGAUUGCAGCUUCCACCCCUGAAAUGCAGCCAACGCUGAGGUGAAACACACCUACUGCAUGACAGCACACAGUAAACCUCCCCAACGGUCUGGGGAAGGACAUGAGGCCAAACUUCCGUAACUCUUACUGCAGGAAGCAGAAUGUAAUUAUCCCACCUGGUAUGUGGCCAGUGGCUGCCACACCUGCUUUUUAUUGACUGCCUGGGGCCUGAGGUCUCACCUGGUAAAGACAGCACCUCCAAAACUGGUUGAGUGCUGAGGCAAAGGGAAGAGACUGGCUCAUGGCUAUUGCUUCCUUAAAGGUCUCCCAUCCACGUUAGCGAGGCCCAGGGCUGCUCAGUAUGGCUAAAGCACAACUUAUGAUGGGGCUGAUGGAGCAAAUGUUAAAAAACAAAGCUGCUCAGGCUGUGUAGAUACUGAGCACUCCUGGGGACUAAUGCAGUUACCCACAGUGAGUUCCUGCUAGCUGCCAGCCAGGUACACAGUGGGGAACACUGUCACUGCUACUGAGCCCAUCUUGGUGCAGAACAGGCACAACUGAGGAAUCACAUGUCCGUGCAAACCUGAGGAGUUGGAACAGCCUUCCCCAUGCUGCCCUUCAAACGGAGCUGCUGCAAUCUGAGCCCACUGGCCUUAAUCCAGAGGCAGGACAAGGAAACAGGACAGAUACUGGUGCUUUCUCUGUUCAGGCAAUUCAUAUCUGCCCCAUGGAAAUGGAAACCGUUCACAUUUAUUUCUUUGCCUCUGGAAAAGAAAGUGAGGUUGAGGAGUGAGAGCAGAGGAGGAGCUGGGACCCUGGCACAGGAGCUGAAUGUGUUUGAUUGUAAACAACACAACAAAAAAGUGCAACAAUUAGCUCAAAAAGACAAAAGAUUAAAUUUCUUGCAGGUCUUUGCUGUGGGCCAGGGGUCUGCUUAUCCAGCAGAUGGAAAAAGCGCAGCCAGCCCCCCCCCCCCAUGAGGAACUUUGUCACAACAGAUGGUGUCCGUC